AUGUAUACAGAUAAAGCUGAAAUUCCUUCAAUUGUAAAUUCCUUGAGAGAGACAUUUCAAACAGGUCUUACCAAGGACAAGGAAUACAGAAGACAGCAAUUGAAAAGCUUCUUGAAAUUGUUCAACGAGAAUCAGCAAGACAUUAUUGAUGCGGUUGGGAAGGAUUUGCACAAGCACAAAAUUGAAAUCAUCUCUGGUGAAAUUGCACCUGUCGUUGGUGAGAUUGAGUACAUGCUUGCAAACCUUGAUAAGCUGACCAAGACAAAAACGGUCAAGCCGCAAUACAAGGUCAAUGCACUGGACAAAUGCACCAUUCGUAAGGAGCCAAAAGGCGUCGUGUUGAUCAUUGGAGCCUGGAAUUAUCCUAUUCAUUUACUUCUCUUGCCGCUUGUUGGUGCUAUUGCUGCAGGCAAUUGUGCUGUGAUCAAGCCAUCUGAGGUGGCUAGUCAUACAGCAGAAUACAUUGCUAAAAUGGUGCCCAAAUACCUUGAUCCACGUUCUGUUUCUGUAGUACAAGGCGCUGUAGAGGAGACUACAGCUUUAUUGGCUGAGCCAUUCAACCACAUUUUCUAUACAGGCAACGGUGCAGUAGGCAAGAUUGUCAUGGCAGCAGCAGCUAAACACUUGACGCCUGUUACGUUGGAAUUGGGUGGCAAAUCCCCAGUUAUCAUUGCCCCUGAUGCCAACAUCCAAACUGCAGCUAGUCGGGUGAUGUGGGCGAAAUGUUUUAACGGAGGACAAAUCUGUGUUGCUCCAGAUUACGUCUUGAUUUCCAAACAUCAAAUGAAUGAAUUCAUGGAUGCCUGUCGAAAGACAAUCCAAACAAGGUUUGGAGAUGAUCCUCAGAGGUCGGAUUCCUACUGCAGAAUGAUCAAUGAACGUCGAUUUGAUGCGCUUCAAAAGCUCCUUGAUGAUGUUGAUCCCAAGCAAAUCGUGGUGGGUGGAAAGACAGACCGAAAAGACCUUUACAUUGCUCCUACUGUAGUAGGUCCAGUGGCACCUUCAGGACAUCCUCUCAUGGAACAAGAAAUCUUUGGCCCCAUUCUUCCCAUUGUACCCGUAGAAGACAUGGAUGCAGCUAUUCGCAUUGUCAACUCCAAGGACACACCUCUAGCACUGUACAUCUUCACAGAUGAUAACGCUACAAGAAACAAGAUUUUAAACCAAACUCAAUCUGGAGGCGUCGUUGUCAACGAUUUAUUGAUGCAAGUGCAAGAGCUUGCUCUACCUUUUGGCGGUGUAGGACCCAGUGGCAUGGGAUCUUAUCAUGGGAUCAAGUCCUUUGAGACUUUCACGCAUGAACGUACGACAAUGAUCAAAUCCUCUGGUUUAGAGAGCGUCAUGAUUGCUCGUUAUCCUCCUUACUCUGACAGCAAAACUGUCCUCUUUUCCUUGUUGACAUUAGGAUUACCUAAAGGUUUCAUCAGCAAAGUGAAGGCUGUUUUCAAGGCCAUUGGAUCUGCUCAAGAUGUCUUUUUUGCUAAAAAAAAAAAAAAAAAUCCAGUAAUAAUGCAGUAA